AACAGCGCUUUCGAACGGUACACUACACUUCCCAAAUAGAAUUAAAUUAAUUUAAUAAAACAAAUAUUUAACGAAUUCAAAAAAACAAAUCUAAAUGCUUCGCUCUGUUUAAAAGUAAAUAAAUUAAUUAAUUGAGAUAAAUAAUAAUAAAAAAUAUGAUUUUCUUUCUAUAAUAAAAUUUAAUUAAAGUUUCUAAUACGAAUAAUUAAAAACAAGUGAAGUGCACAACGACUAAUUUUUUUUUAGAAUAAUCCAAGUAAAUUAACGAAUUUUUCUGUACGACUUUUAACAUUUUUUUCUUUUUUUUUUUGUAACACUAAAAAAAAGAAAAGUAACAUACAGUUAUAAAAAGAAAUUAUUUAAAUAAUUGAUAAGAAAUUUGAAGUUUAAAUCAAAUUCACGUGUUCAACGAAAAUCCUUUGUGUCUGCUACAAAGGACUAACAAGGACUGUGAAUUAAAAUAGAGAGAGAGAGAAAGAGAAAAAGGUGUCAAAUUAAAUUACUGCAAAGACUUUAACGUAAAGUAAACUAAAUUGAAAAUAGAAAAGUUUUCCACGAAUAAAAGAAAUAUAUAAAAAAAACUUUUUUAAUAAAAUUUCCAGUAAAACAAUAAUAAAACAACUCAAGGAUUUUGCUAAUUCGUCUUUAAAGUAUAUUUAAAAACACCAUUUCUUCUUUACAACAAAAACACACAAUAUUUUAACGAUACACAAAUAUGGUGGCCGGUUUCGAGCAACGUCCUUGGACACCAACUGUUAGACGUGGACAAAUAGCUGCUGAAACUUCCACACCGGGACCAGCAGCAGUAACACUGCCCAGUUUAAUAGGCAACAAAGUAACAGAUUCCCGAAAAAAUGCCGCUCCAUCAUUUUCCUUUGGACAAAAACACCGACAAACCGUUCAGUCGAUAGGAGAGGGGCCUGCCAAAUACAAUGUCACCGGUCUAGGCAAUAAAGGCAAAGAUACACCACCAGCCGCUACUCUACAAAGUCGUCACAAAGAAAUGUCCAAAUUCUCUACACCAGCACCCGGUGAAUAUGACAUACAGAAAGCAGUAAAGGCCAUUAAUCAAUCGACCCCAAAGUAUACAUUUGGACAGAAAUUAGCUUCAGAAAAGUUCAAUACCACGCCAGGUCCAAAUCAUUAUCGAGUUGUUCCACUCGAUAUAAUAAAACCUCGUGCCCCUCAGUAUACGUUUCGUAUUAAAGUUAAAGUUUUUUUAAUUAAUACACCAGCGCCAAAUAGUUAUCGUCCCGAGAGGGUAUCGCUAUCGAAAAGAAAUUCACCGCGUUACUCAUUUGGUAGACGUACAAAAUUAAACUUCGAUAAGGGAACACCAGCACCUGGCUCUUAUAGUCCUGAAAAAGCUAACUUGCACUCAACACCAGCUUUCACCAUGUCUGGCAAAACAUCUCAUGAUGUAGUCGAUUGUACACCUGCUCCAGGUGCAUAUGAACCGGAAAAAUGCCAUUUGGACAAGACAAUAGCCUACACCAUGUCUGGACGCCAUACAAUACACAAAGUUAGUGAUACUCCAGCUCCAGGUGCAUAUGCCCCUGAAAAGUGUCGCUUAGACAAUGCACCAGCAUUUAGCAUUAAGGGUAAAUAUAAUGUGCAAAAAAUCGAUGAAACACCAGCUCCUGGAGCUUAUGCCCCCGAAAAAGCAAAACUUGAUUACACAAUAGCCUAUACCAUGAGUGGACGCCAUGAAGUGCACAAGGCUAGUGAAACACCUGCCCCGGGUGCCUAUUGCCCGGAGAAAGUAAGAUUAGAUCAUACUCCAGCUUACACAAUGGCUGGUAAGCAUCAGAGUAAAGUUAAAAAUGAUAAUCCAGCACCUGGAGCUUAUGCUCCCGAAAACUGUAGAUUAGAUCAUACACCUGCUUAUUCGUUAACCAGCCGCCAUAAUUUGCAAAAGCCUAGUGAAACUCCAGCUCCGGGUGCCUAUAGUCCAGAGAAGGUAAGACUUGAUCAUAAUUUUGCUUAUACGAUGGCAGGCAAACAUGAGCAAAAAAUUACUAGUGUUACACCAGCUCCCGGUGCUUAUGCACCUGAGAAAUGUAAAUUAGAUAAUACACCCGCCUAUUCCUUUGCCGGACGCCAUGAUCUCCAAAAGCCAAGUCAGACACCAGCUCCCGGUGAUUAUGCCCCCGAAAAGUGUAGAUUAGAUGGCACUCCUUCGUAUUCAAUGGGCGGUCGCCAUAAUUUACAAAAACCCAGCGAUACUCCAGCUCCUGGAGCCUAUGCUCCUGAAAAGUGUAGAUUAGAUAGCACUCCUGCGUAUACAAUGGGUGGCAAACAUGAUCCUAAAAUCACAAAUGAUACACCAGCCCCUGGUGCUUAUGCUCCCGAGAAGUGCAGAUUAGAUGGUACCCCAGCAUACUCUAUGGCAGGUCGUCCUAAUGUACAAAAGCCUAAUGAAACACCAGCUCCUGGAGCUUAUGCUCCCGAGAAGUGCAGAUUAGAUGGCACUCCUGCUUAUACAAUGGGUGGUAAAUAUGAUCCUAAGAUCACAAAUAACACACCAGCUCCUGGUGAUUAUGCCCCCGAAAAGUGCAGAUUAGAUGGUACCCCAGCUUACUCUAUGGCUGGUCGUCCUAAUGUACAAAAGCCAAAUGAAAACCCUGCACCUGGAGCUUAUGCUCCCGAGAAGUGCAGAUUAGAUGGCACACCCGCUUAUACAAUGGGUGGUAAACAUGAUCCUAAGAUCACAAAUAACACACCAGCUCCUGGUGAUUAUGCCCCCGAAAAGUGUAGAUUAGAUGGUACACCAGCUUACUCCAUGGCUGGCCGUCCUAAUGUACAAAAGCCGAAUAACAACCCUGCACCUGGGGCUUAUGCUCCCGAAAAUUGCAGAUUAGAUGGCACUCCUGCCUAUACAAUGGGUGGCAAAUAUGAUCCUAAAAACAAAAACGAUAACCCAGCACCCGGAGCAUACGCCCCCGAAAAGUGCAGAUUAGAUGGCACGCCCGCCUACUCCAUGGCUGGUCGCCCGAAUGUACAAAAGCCUAGUGAUACGCCCGCACCUGGAGCUUAUGCCCCUGAAAAGUGCAGAUUGGAUGGAACACCAGCCUAUACCAUGGCUGGCAAACAUGAUCCCAAGAAUAGAAAUGAUAACCCUGCUCCUGGAGCUUAUGCCCCAGAGAAGUGUAGAUUAGAUGGCACUCCCGCUUACACUAUGGCUGGUAAACAUGAUCCCAAAAUACAAAACAAUACUCCAGCUCCUGGUGAUUAUGCUCCCGAAAAGUGCAGAUUAGAUGGUACACCAGCAUACUCCAUGGCUGGUCGCCAUAAUUUACAGAAACCCAGUGAUACUCCAGCUCCUGGAGCUUAUGCUCCCGAAAAACAUCGUUUAGAUAAUACACCAGCCUUUACCAUGGCGGGUAAGCAUCAACCGAAAGUGAAUAAUACAACACCAGCACCUGGUGAUUAUGCUCCCGAAAAGUCCAACUUGGAUCAUACACCCGCUUACACUAUGGCUGGACGUCAUGAUUUAAAGAAACCCAGUGAUACUCCUGCCCCAGGAGCUUAUGCCCCCGAAAAGCAUCGUUUAGAUAAUACUCCCGCCUUUACCAUGGCUGGUAAACAUCAGCCUAAGGUAAACAUCGAUACUCCUGCUCCCGGUGAUUAUGCUCCUGAGAAGUGUAAUUUGGAUCACACACCUGGCUAUACCUUUACGGGACGUCAUGAUUUGAAGAAACCCGAUGAUAGCCCUGCUCCCGGAACUUAUUCUCCCGAAAAACAUCGUUACGAUCAUACGCCCGCCUUCACUAUAGCCGGUAAACCUCUACCUAAAGUGAGUUAUGAUACUCCAGCUCCUGGCGAUUAUGCUCCCGAAAAGCAUAGUUUGGAUCAUGCACCCGGAUAUACAUUCUCGGGUAAACAUGAUCCUAAGAUAGUAAAUGAUACUCCAGCACCAGGAGCUUACAGCCCCGAAAAGCAUCGCUUAGAUCAUACACCCGCCUUUACAAUUGUCGGUCGCCAAGUCGAUAGACUUAUAACUGAAUCUCCAGCACCAGGCUCUUAUAGUCCCGAAAAGUUUAGAAUGGAUCAUACACCAGCCUAUACCAUUACGGGACGCAGCACUGUUCAUCAUGUGGAAAGUACACCAGCACCUGGUGACUAUAAAACAGAGUUGUGCGAUAUUAAAGGCCCUGCCACGCCAGCAUUUUCAUUUGGUUUGAAAUUAAAGCAGGAACAUGUCAGUGAUACACCUGCACCCACUGCCUAUGAACCAGAAAAGCACUCUCUUGAACAUAAAAUAUCGUAUAGCUUUGGCACUAAAACGGAAACCAAAUCGGUUACCGAUUACCCAGCUCCUGGUCAUUAUCAUCCAGAAAACUAUAAUCCCGAUCAUUCGCCAUCUUAUACGUUUGGUGUAAAAACCUUAGCAAUGCCAGCUUUGCCUAGGGGCAGAUAUGUUGAAGAUCGCAUAUUGCAAAGACGUGAGAGACGUUUAGCAAGUCCGGUACGCAAUGUUGUUAUAAUAGAAAAUGGCAACUUGCAGCAGCAAGAACAAGAACAACAACAGCAAAGCACUACUACCACCACAACAACCACAGUUACAGAGGUGCACAACAACACAAAUGGCCAACUACAGCAGCCAAAAUCCACCACUAACAGAUCUAAUGACGACAAUAAUACAGUGACCACCAUUAGAAAACAAACACUUGUAAAUGGCAAAGAUGCAGUAGACACUAUCAACACUAAUCUUGUCAAUAAAUUGGCUAAGCUUAAUAUGAAUGACACUUUAGUAGGAACAACUGGUUCCAAUACCCAGCUAACGCAAAAAGUAGACCAGAUCAAUGGCUUGAAUGGUGAGACUGGCCAAAUGGUCACCACCACCAUGCACACCACCACAAAUGGCUACAAGGAGCAGGGCAAUAAGAAAAUCCUAGCCAAGGGUAGUGCUGAUGUCAAGCAUACAAAUGCUGCCUCGGGUUCUAGUAAUACCAUGCAAACUGCUGAUGGCAGCACAGUGACCACUGUGAAAUCGGCCAAAAGUUCUAGUGUUAAAUAUGCCGUAGAAGCCAGUACCAUACAAGAAGAAAUUAUCAGCUCCUAAUGUCUAUAAAAUUCCCACUGUUUUGGGUAUCAGCAAAGAGGGUACCAUAAGAUCAGCCCCUGCCUUCUCUAUGGCUGGCCGUGAAAAGCCUCGUCCCUUGCCAAGUCUUCUAUUUCCCGGUCCAGGUUUUUAU